CGCCCCCGCGGGACCGGACGUCCGGUCGCCCCGAGUCACGUGGGCGGCGGCAGCCAAUGGGCGCCGAGGGCGGGCGCUGAGGGAGGAUGGCGGCGGCGGCCCAAGAUGGCGGCGGGGGCGGCCUAGGCCCGGGGCCGAGCCGGGGGCUGGAGUCGGGGCCGGGCGCGGCCUCGGGCGGCCUUUUGGGGCCCAAACGGGGACCAGCGCGGCGGGGCUGCCGCCACUACGACCGGGGCUGUCUCCUCAAGGCUCCUUGCUGCGAGAAACUUUACAUCUGCCGCCUGUGCCAUGACAGCGAAGAAGACCACCAGCUGGAUCGUUUUCAAGUGAAAGAGGUGCAGUGUGCCAGCUGUGAAAAACUCCAACAGGCCCGUCAGAGCUGCGAAGACUGUGGCACCGUGUUUGGAGAAUAUUACUGCCCCAUCUGCCACCUGUUUGACAAAGACAAGAAGCAGUACCACUGUGAGGAGUGUGGAAUUUGUAGAAUCGGUCCCAAGGAGGAGUUUUUCCACUGCUCCAAGUGCAACCUCUGCCUCGCUUUGAGCCUCCAAGGGAAGCACAAGUGCAUCGAAAACGUGUCUCGGCAGAACUGCCCGAUCUGUUUGGAGGACAUCCAUACGUCCCGGGUCGUCGCUCACGUGCUGCCUUGUGGACACCUCCUGCACAGGACGUGUUACGAAGCUAUGUUAAAGGAGGGCUACAGGUGUCCGCUGUGCAUGCACUCGGCUUUAGACAUGAGUAGGUACUGGCGCCAGUUGGACGAUGAAGUGGCCCAGACGCCUAUGCCCACGGAGUAUCAGAACAUGACGGUGGAAAUCCUCUGCAACGACUGCAGCGCCCGGUCCACGGUCCAGUUCCACAUCCUGGGCAUGAAGUGCAAGAGCUGCGCGUCGUACAACACGGCCCAGGACGGAGGGUGCGGCGGCCCGCUCCAGCAGCAGUGACCGCGAAAUAAAAUCCCAUUCCAGCCCCCGGAAGGGGCAGGAUCCCGCGGAGGGGAUUUCGGACCCCGGGGAUCGGCCGAGGAAAGACGGGGGGCUACCCCGCCGGCCCCUUCGUCGGGCUUUGGUAGAGCUGUGCUUCUUUUCACGCUCGGUGUCUUGGGCUUUAAGAGCGGCGAUCCGUAGGGGUAGAAUCGAUCUCGCCAUUCCGGUCCGAUUACCUCCACUGGAGAAUGUCCCCAAGCAGUCCCCUCGAUGCCGUGACCGUGUGUUUUGUUGUAACGUAUCGCCACAAUAAAACUCUCCCCAGACGCAACCCUGAACGUCAGGGCUUCUCA